AUGCCGGCGCCCCAGUUCAAAUUCAUCAACAAGCUCCAAGGCCGACGUGUCCUGAUCUUUGGCGGCACCUCUGGCAUCGGCUACGCCGUCGCCGAGGCGUGCGUCGAGCAUGGCUGCACCGUUAUCAUCUCGGGCUCGAACGCGCCCAAGCUUGGCGACACUGUCCUCCGCCUGAGAAACUCAUAUCCACAUCUUGAGUCGUCUCAGAUCAUAAUCCACGCCUGUGAUCUCUCCGACAAGGAUGCACUCGAGUCGAACAUUCAAAGGCUCCUGUCCGUCGUCACUCGCGAAACGAAAAGCAAAAUCAACCACGUCGUUUUCACGGCUGGCGACCCGCGCUCCUUGAAGUCAUUAUCGGAAGUCACGGUUGAGCAGUUCGAGAAGAAUCAGGUGGUCCGCAACAUUGCUCCAAUCAUCAUCGCGAAGCAUCUACCGCAGUACAUGGAAAACACCCCCGAUAGUAGCUACACACUUACUGGAGGUUUUAUUUUCUCCAAACCACCGCCUGGUUUUGGUCUUCACGCAGCGACUGGCAUCGAGGGAUUAGCCAGGGGUCUCGCCGUCGACAUGGCACCUAUCAGAGUAAACCUGGUCGCGCCGGGUGUUAUCAAGACGGAGGCCAUGAAGGGUGUACCACAGCAAGCUCUUCAGGCUCUUGCCCGGGCGACAACGAUCAAGAGGUUGGGCAGACCGGAGGAUAUUGCCGAGGCUUAUCUCUAUUUGAUGAAGGAUGGUUACGUAACUGGUAGUAUCAUAGAGUCAAAUGGGGGAAGACUCCUGGUAUAG